UGAAUUCAGUCUGAAUUACAAAUUCGUAAAUAGUUGGAUUUUGUCUGGGAUUAACAAUAAAAAUUGUUUGUUUGUUUUUGGUACUUGUGAUAUUUUGAGUGAUUUAUAAAAUAUCGUUUAAUAUUAGGAUCGGAACAAGUUUUAACAGGUUUAAACUAUAGUGGAUGGACAGGACCGACCAGAAAUCAUUAGAAACGAAGAAAAGGUUAGGAAGAUUUGAAAAUAAUUUUCAUUGGACAUCCAAGCAAUGAGAACUGAUACUCAGAGUAAAUUGAAGGUGGAUGUUUCAAAUGGUGACGAAUCAAAGGAGGCAAUGAAAAUUGUCCGGAAGUCUCUCCAUCCUCUCCAAGUGGCAGCUGGAGAUAAGGAGAAUCUAGUAGGAGCUGGCAGGAUGUUGCCAUCUACUGAGAAAGAGGGCAAGCUCAGUGCCAUCAACACCAGUAAACUGUCAUCCGCCGUCACCAGUUCACCCAAGAAAGACAAAAAGAAAUCGACGAAAACUUCAGAAAAGAAAACUGUGACUGUUGAGGAUCUGACCUCUGAAGAAGGACCGAGUGAGCACUACUGGCAGCUGCUGGCGGAGACGAGGCGCAAGGCGCUGGAGAAGACGUUGACAGAGAACCAGCAACUGCACGAGCGACUGGACCAGCUGACUGAAGAAAACAACAAGUAUAGGGAGCUUUUGGACGAGGCUCAAAAUAUCAUAGACACGCUCAAUGAAGUGAUUUCUGAAAUGAACAAUGAAGACAGUAGCGUGACAGAGGAGAUCAUUGAAAGACCAUGAGUUUGUCAGUCAUCUUGUUACGAGUUGAGGAGUUACUCAUGUUUUUAUUAUUUUUCAUGUAUUAGUGAGUAGAUACCAAAGUGCCUCCAACAAUGUUGAUAUGUACUCUGUAUACUAUUAUCCAAUAUUAAGUUAUUCUCAUUUUAACAUUCCAUCAUCACUAUUAAGUACAAAUUAUGUAAUUUAUAAAUUGUAACGGUUUUUCGCAUUGUUGGUAGAGUAUUAUUAGUUGUAAUUUUGCAUAAAUAAAGAACAUUGUGUGUGUAUUAAAAAAAAA